UUCGAAAGCGAACGAGGCGGAGAGUGAUUACCUCUGUGACAAGAGAAUUGAGGUGAGCUCAGUGCAGCUCGAAGGCGCAGACAUUUGAUGUUUGUUCAUGCUCGUUCGCGGAGAAGCCUUUGGGGCGCCGGGAUAAUGAUGAACGUCGUGGCAAUGUGGAUGCUGCUCUCGUCGCUGGGAGCAGCGAUGGUGUUGUCGCCGGAGCCGGUGCUGGUGAAGCCCGGGGAGUCCUCUCAUCCCCUGAAGGCGGCGAGGGAUGCUUCCAAGGAGUCGAUCGGGUACGCGGCGGAGGCAGCUCGCAAGACCGGCGAGGGCAUCCGGCAAACGGUGGCAUCGGGAGUGCAGUCCACCGGCGACAUGGCUCACUCUGCCAUGGACGCCGUCAAGGACACAUCGCAGGCCGGGCUGGAGAAAAUCGGUCUGGCCUCGCCGGAGCGGAGCACCUUCGAGCAGUGGGAAAUGGGCCUUCAAGCUGCCAAAGACAAAGCCGCAGCUGCCGCCGGGGGAACUCGGGCCACUGUGGCCGAUGCUGCCGAUCGCGCUCAACAGAGUUUCGACAACCUGAAGAAUCACGGCAAGUUGGACUCUCCCAGCGCCACAGAGCUCGCUCGGGAGAAGUAUGAGAAUCUGAAGAAGUAUGGUCAGACGGAACCGCCGAGCACCACUCAAGUCGUGAAGGAAAAAGCAGCCGGUGCCUACGACGCCACCAAAGAAGCAGCAGGCGAUGCCGCCUCUGCUGUCAAAGAUAAAGCAGAGCAGGCAGCCAAGGGUGUGAAAGACACGGUGCUCGGAGCAGGGGAGACGAUUCAAGACGGUGCCCAUUACACUUACAAGACUGCAGAAGAAGCCGCUGCUGCAGCGAAAGAGAAAUUGGAGAAUGUGGCUGGAAGCGUGAAGAAGACAACUAAAGACAGUGUCCAGUACGGAGAAGACAAGUCCUCUGAGAGUGCUGACUAUGUCAGUGAUCUUGCACGCAAGAUUGCCCAGACAGUGCAGGACAACGUCGGCGAGGCAGGAGCAAAAGCUUACGAUACGGCCAAUUCUGCUAAGGACUCCACUUACGACACCGUGGGAAGCGCUUACGAAUACGCCGCCGAUGCUUUGAAAGAUGUAAGUGGGAAGACUUCGGACGCCUCUUAUCCAGAGCAGAUGAAAAUGGCGACCGAGAAGGCCGCAGAGAUUCUGAGGAAUAGAGGAAAAGAUGCCGCGAAUCUCAUGCCCAACGUUGGACAGGGCCUCUCAAUGAGCGGGUCAUCUGACAGCAGCCUCAAAGAGAAAGCAGACGAGUACAUUGAUUCUGCCAAAGACAAAGCCGGAGAAUACUACGAGAGUGCGAAAGAGGCCGUGGCAGGCAGUGCCAAGAAACCGCAGACCAACUGGAGAGAAGAGUUUCUGAACAAGGUAGGAAUCAGGGAAGAGGCAGAUCUUUCCAAAGUUGAUGUUGUGGUUGGAAAUAUCAAUGGGUACUGGAAUGGUCGUGACUGGAGUGGUUCGGGAUUAUUUCAGAAAGCCGGUGAAGCUCUGAAUACCGCUGCAUCAGGAACCCAGGGUGCUGCGAAAACUGUCUCAGACGGAGUGCACAAUGUUGGAGAACGCAUCCGAAGCACCAGAGAUGGGGUUGUCAAUGCAGCGAAGCACAUGACGGGGAAAGCUGCCGACGCAGUCCAUGAAACUAAAGACGGUGCAAGAGAUGGUGCACGAGACACAGCUGGAGGUCGUACUGACACCUUGUCUCGAUCUCGAUCCAAACUCAACAAUACAGCGUCUCCGAACGCGGAGAACAGUGACGAGCAGCCUGGGAACGGGUCAUUCCCUUCCAUGUGGAGGUGGGUGGGAUACGCCACAGCAGCCUGGCUGGUUUCCUCCAUCAAAGCCGCACAUCUGUUCUCAUUCUCCUCCACUUAUGGAGCAUCUCUCUGGGUGACCUUCGUAUCUGGUUACCUGCUCUCGCGUACCAUUCCCAGGCAUCAGUUUGGUUUCGUGCAGAGCAAAAUGUUUCCAAUAUACCUGCGUCUCAUCGGAGUUGGCCAGGGUCUCUGCCUCGUAUUAUACAUGGUUUUACACCCGUGGACGCACUCUAACUUCGCCGAGAAGUUACAACACUUCAAUCUCUGGACCGUCAUGGUGUCAACCUUGAUGAACAUAUUCUUCUUGGAACCAAGGGCUACAAAGAUCAUGUUCGAGAAGAUGAAAAUAGAGAAAGAGGAAGGGAGUAGGGUGGAGGAGACUGCCGAGAAGUCGAGACAUUCGAACGUUUCCGUAGGAGGAACAACAUCAGUAGAUAACUCUACGGAGAGUCGCGUGAAAGAAGUUAACCACAAUUUUAAUGUGUUGCACGGCUGGUCGUCCAUAGUCAAUCUCCUGGGAUUGCUCGGAGAAACGUGGCAUCUGUGGCACAUAUCUCGUGGUAUGUCAAUCUAAGUGGACAGUGCAAAAGUUAAACCAGUCAAAAUUUAGCCCUCAAGCCAGAGAGAGCCAGUUCAAAUUGUAGUCAAUGAGAAAUAAUGCAGAUGUAUCGAUUCAACUGUCGACCGGGUUAAAGGUGCUGAUAGGUAGAGCCUAUGUAUAUACGGCUGUCAGUAACAGAGUAAAAUGAUUAGUUUUAGCAGUGUAAAAAUGAGUGCGGAAAUAGUGUUACAGGCUAUUACUGAUUCAGAUUAGUGGGAAAGCGAACUGCGUCAGCAGAUCUAAAUAUUGUAAUUUCAGUUUAGGUUGAUGACGAUCGAACAAUUUUUUACUCUGCCGAUCAUCAAUCCGAUGGGUAAAACCAUGAAGUAAAGUCGGAAUGUCAAUAUUUACAG